AUGGAGAAUAAAGUACAAAAGGAAAUUGUAGAUUAUUUUUCUUUUUUUGAAGAAUUCCAUAACACAUCAAAAGCGUGUUUGAAGAAUUGCCAGGACUGCGCAAUAUCUAUAAAUAAACUGAUAAAACGGUGUAAUAACAUACAAGAAGCUGAGAUUAUUGGCACUCCAUUGGAAAACUUUGAAAAUUUGCAAUAUAAAUUAUCUGGCCUAUUACACAAUAAGAUAUCACAAGAGAUUCUAGAAAUACGGAGUGAGCUAUCUAAAGUGGAAGAUUUGUUUGAAAAACUCUCUCACAAACACCAAACAUUGUUAGAAUCUUGCAGAAAUUUGGAUUUAGAAGAAACCACACCUAUAGUCAAGGGCACACCCCUGCAGCCUCCACUGAAAAAGCUCUUAGAAUUUGCAGAAGAUAGCCUUUCUUUUGGAAGUGAAGUUUGUGCUCAAAUUGAUACAUCAUUAAAUGUAUUAACAUACAAAGGGUUGAAAACAGAAUCCCUUGUUGAUAACUUUAAAAUACAAAGCCAUUGGCAGCUACGUAUUCCAGAAAUAAUUUCAUAUACAUCAUUUUGCUCUGAUAACUCUACUUUAUUGUCCAUCUAA